GGCUGGAGGCGGAGGGAGGAGGCGGGUCUCCAGCCACUGCAUAAAUACGCCGGCCCUGAGCCGUGGCUAGCAUAUCCCGGCUGAGGAUCCACAGAGAUCUAGAGCUGUUGCUGCAGAGCCAGCGGACAUCCGAGACCCAUCUGCUUCCUCCCCCAAGAGAGACUAAGAAGAUCAGAGCUAAGGACCUCCACCACUUCUUCUCCGUAAACACUCUCGACGCUGCAUCUUCUCUCCAGCCCCAGAAAAGAGGAAGGGAAGAAAUCCUCCAGCGAUCAUGCCUGCUCCCAAGGGAACAGCCAUCGGCAUUGACCUGGGCACCACCUACUCCUGCGUGGGUGUCUUCCAGCACGGCAAGGUGGAGAUCAUCGCCAACGACCAGGGCAACCGCACCACACCCAGCUACGUGGCCUUCACCGACACCGAGAGGCUCAUCGGGGAUGCUGCCAAAAACCAGGUGGCCAUGAACCCCCAGAAUACCGUCUUUGAUGCCAAGCGUCUGAUCGGCCGCAAGUUCUCUGACCAGGUGGUGCAGUCGGAUAUGAAGCAUUGGCCUUUCCAGGUGGUGAGUGAGGCUGGGAAGCCUAAGGUGCGAGUGGCCUACAAAGGGGAAAGCAAGUCCUUCUACCCAGAGGAAAUCUCCUCCAUGGUGCUGAGCAAGAUGAAGGAGACAGCCGAGGCCUAUCUGGGGCACCCCGUCAGCAACGCAGUCAUCACUGUGCCAGCCUACUUCAACGAUUCCCAGCGCCAGGCCACCAAGGAUGCUGGGGCCAUAGCGGGCCUGAAUGUGCUCAGGAUUAUCAAUGAGCCCACAGCAGCAGCCAUUGCCUAUGGCUUGGACAGGUCAGGCAGAGGGGAACGGAACGUGCUCAUCUUCGACCUGGGGGGUGGUACCUUUGAUGUGUCCAUCCUCACCAUUGAUAAUGGCAUUUUUGAGGUGAAAGCCACAGCAGGGGACACCCACCUGGGUGGGGAGGACUUUGACAAUCGCCUGGUGAACCACUUUGUGGAAGAGUUUAAGCGGAAAUACAAAAAGGACAUUAGCCAGAACAAACGGGCCCUGAGGAGGCUGCGGACAGCCUGUGAGCGGGCUAAGCGAACCCUCUCCUCCAGCACUCAGGCAAACCUGGAGAUUGAUUCCUUGUACGAGGGUACCGACUUUUAUACCACUAUUACUCGGGCUCGCUUUGAGGAGCUGUGCUCAGACCUCUUCCGGGGGACCCUGGAGCCAGUGGAGAAGGCCCUUCGGGAUGCUAAGAUGGACAAGACCCAAAUCCAUGACAUUGUUUUGGUUGGGGGCUCCACCCGCAUCCCUAAAGUACAGAAGCUGCUUCAGGACUUCUUCAAUGGCAAAGAGUUGAACAAAAGCAUUAACCCGGAUGAAGCUGUGGCCUAUGGGGCAGCAGUACAGGCAGCUGUGUUGAUGGGAGACAAGUCAGAGAAAGUACAGGAUCUCUUGCUCCUGGAUGUGACCCCCCUGUCCCUGGGUCUCGAGACAGCAGGUGGGGUGAUGACAACCCUGAUCAAGAGGAACUCCACCAUCCCCACCAAGCAGACUCAGACCUUCACCACCUACUCAGACAACCAGCCCGGUGUCCUGAUCCAGGUGUAUGAGGGGGAGAGGGCCAUGACCCGAGACAAUAACUUGCUGGGACGCUUUGAGCUCAGUGGCAUCCCUCCUGCACCUCGUGGGGUCCCCCAGGUUGAGGUGACCUUUGACAUCGAUGCCAAUGGCAUCUUGAAUGUCUCCGCCACAGACAAGAGCACAGGCAAGGCCAACAAGAUCACCAUCACCAAUGACAAGGGCCGGCUGAGCAAGGAGGAGGUGGAGAGGAUGGUGCAGGAUGCUGAGAAGUACAAGGCUGAAGAUGAGGCUCAACGUGAAAGGGUGACUGCUAAGAACUCUCUGGAGUCUUAUGCCUUCCAUGUGAAGAGUACCAUGCAAGAGGAUGGCCUUCGGGACAAGAUCAAGGAGGAGGACAAAAGGAAGGUGCUAGAAAAGUGCCAGGAAGUCCUCUCCUGGUUGGAAGUGAACCAGCUGGCAGAGAAGGAUGAGUAUGAACACCAGAAGAAGGAACUGGAGCGGGUGUGUCACCCCAUCAUCGCCCAGCUCUACCAGGCACCUGGCCCACAGGGAGGGAACAGCUGUGGGGCCCAGGCCCGACAUUCAAAUCCCACCCCUGGACCCACCAUCGAAGAGGUGGAUUAAAUGACUAGUGCUAGCUAGGAAAUUGUAAGCUAAGAACAACUGGUGCGGAUAUCAUGCAUGCCACUAGAGUGAGCCCCAGGACAAUGCUGUUCCUGGAGAACUCUACUCAGCAGUCCCCCUCCCUGGGAAUCAGUGACUUUUUGACUUUUUCUUCCAACUCUUCCCUUUUAGUUAGGACAAGCAUAAUAUUGUCUAUUUAGGUCUUUGUUCGACGGCUGGAACGUGUAUAUUUUCUUAUUUAUCUGCAUAGUUUAUUAGAAAAAUGUUUGUAUUAUUUAUUUGGAAAAUAUCAAUAAACUAUGAAAAGGAA